AUGAAGACUACAACGCUUUUUCAGGCACUGCUGCUUACUGGAGCUCCCAGCGUCGUGCUGGGAUGGUUUUUCUCCCCGCAGCAGCAGCAGCAACCACAACAACCAAUCCAGCAGCUUGAAACUCAGCAACAGUCAACAAUUCAAAUCGACGACAAUGGACAGUCACAGCAAAAUAAACACUACCUAAAACACAUCAUCGACACAUCCCCGCUCCUCUCGUUCCAUCGAGACAUUGUCGAAAUCGAAUCCAUCACGACCAAUGAAGCCGAAGUAGGCAAUUUCAUCAUCCAGUACUUGCAGGCCCGCGGCUUUGUUGUCGAGAAACAGAUUGUGGGUUCUUCAUCAAUAAAUGAAGAUGAAGAAAAGAAAGAACGGUUUAAUAUAUAUGCGUACCCAGAGUCGGGUCCUACGCCACGGAUUCUGCUUUCGAGUCAUAUUGAUACCGUGCCGCCGUAUAUCCCGUACAGCCUGGACCAUCCUGAAUCCUCUUCUUCAAGCUCCUCCUCCUCCUCCUCAACCUGGCGCGACGAGAUACGAAUCGCCGGCCGCGGCUCAGUCGACGCCAAAGCAAGCGUGGCCACGCAAAUAUUCGCCGCGCUCGAAUACCUCCAAACACAUCCCGACGCUCCCUUGGGCUUGUUGUUCGUGGUAGGCGAGGAAGUCAAUGGAAUCGGUAUGCAGUGGUUCUCUGAUUCUGAACUCAACACGUCUCCGCCUACGAUCCACACUGUCAUCUUCGGUGAACCCACCGAACUCGCGCUUGUAUCCGGCCACAAGGGCGCGUUGUCCUGCUCCAUCUCUGCAACGGGUAAAGCCGCGCAUUCGGGCUAUCCAUGGUUAGGACGCAGUGCCGUCUCAGCUAUACUUCCAGCGCUGGUCAGGCUGGACAAACUGGGCGAUACGCCCGUUGCCGAAGGUGGCCUGCCCACGAGCGACAAGUUUGGCAAAUCGACACUCAAUAUCGGCCGUAUCGAGGCUGGUGUUGCGAGCAACGUGGUGCCCGUCCACGCCGAAGCGAGUGUGAACGUGCGUCUUGCUACGGAUAACGUCGACGAGGCCAAACGCAUACUCACGCAGGCUGUGGUAGACGCCACCAAUGGUGAUGAAGCUGUUACUAUAAAAUGGACAAAUAAUGGGACUGGCCACGCGCCCAUUGAUUUUGAUGCAGAUGUUGACGGGUUCAAUGUGACGACUGUUAAUUAUGCGACGGACGCAUGGUUUCUCAACUUCCACAAGGGUUCUGCUGGAAGUCCCGAGGGUCGUGUAUAUCGGUAUUUGUAUGGCCCGGGAAGUAUUUUUGUUGCUCAUGGACCUGAUGAGGCUAUUACGGUGGGAGAUCUGGAGGCUGCAGUGGAGGGGUAUAAGAGGUUGAUUGAUGCUGCUGUGGAGAGGAAUUCAUGA